UUCUUCGGUGCCUCUCCGUCCGCCCGCCCGCAGCAGUCUCCUUCACGGCGAGCUUUCACUACAGAGAUGGCUGUGAAAGUGUGUAGAUCAGUACUCCUCUUGUCCCGAAGCAGCGGAGCGGUGGCCGGCAGCCGCCCGGCACUUGUUGUGUCUUCACAGCGGCAUCAUCAGCAUAUAAGACCGCAGGACGUACUGUCUGCUCCUUUCCCCCAUCAGACUGUCAGGAGAGCACAUGGCCUACGGUCAGCAACCCACUCCACACUCUUCACCCAGCCUACCAGUGCCCUGUCUCCACAGGGUUGGAGGGGCGCCCCCUCAUGGCACGGCCAGAGACUGUUGUGUUCCUCUGCAGCUCCAGAGCAGGUGACGGUGGUGUAUCAGAACGGGCUGCCGGUGAUCUCAGUCAGUUUGCCGUCCAGACGAGAGCGCUGCCAGUUCACCCUCAAGCCUCUCAGCGACUGUGUGGGAGUUUUCCUCCAACAGCUCCAGGCAGAGGACAGAGGCAUCGACCGGGUCGCCAUCUACUCUAUGGAUGGGGCGAGGGUUGCCUCCUCCACAGGAAUAGACAUCCUGCUGCUGGAUGAUUUCAAGCUCGUUAUUAACGACACCACACACCUCGUUCGACCACCGAGGAGAGAGCUGUUGCCCCACGAGGAGGCGGAAAAGUUGAAUGAUGUCAAGUUUCUGGUGCAGCAGCUCUAUACCACGCUGCGCAUCGACGAGCACCAACUUAGCAAAGAGCGUGAGCUAAUUGGACGACUGGAGGACCUGAACUCACAACUCCGCCCCCUAGAGAAGGUGAAGGAGGAGUUGAGUAAGAAGGCAGAGCGACGCACCACCUGGGUGUUGUGGGGUGGCAUGGCGUAUAUGGCAACCCAGUUUGGUAUCUUGGCCAGGCUAACCUGGUGGGAGUACUCCUGGGAUAUCAUGGAGCCGGUCACCUACUUCAUCACUUACGGCACCGCAAUGGCCAUGUAUGCCUACUUCGUUCUAACACGUCAGGAGUACGUUUAUCCCGACGCCAGAGACAGGCAGUAUCUGCUGUUCUUCCACAAGGGGGUGAAAAGGACACGCUUCGACAUUGAGAAGUACAACAAGCUGAAGGAUGAUAUCGCUGAGGUGGAGUUAGAUCUGAAGCGUCUACGGGACCCGCUCCAGCUCCAGCUCCCGAUUCAGCAGCUCACAGACAGCAAAAAUUGAUGGGAAGAGUGACCUCCCCCUCGCUCAGCUCCUGCAACCCACUUUUUUCCUCUUCUCUUCUGCUGUCCUACACCCUUCUCCCUCUUUCCCAUCCCUUCCUCUUAGAGUCCCCCAUCCCUGCAUCCCUCCUGCACCCGAUAAUCCCAUCCCUUUCUUCUCUGACGGAGGUUGGGUUUUUUUCUCUCUUUUUUUUCCUUUUCUUUUUUGGGUUCUUCUUUUUCUUUUCCCGACUGGAACCUCUAGUCGGAAUUGCAAGCAAAAACUGCUAAAAGGCGAAAAUAAUAGGAUGGUGAGAACAUCAAGAACUGAAAACGUCUCACAGCUGAUGGAUGCUGCGGAUGAUGGAAAAGGAAGAUGAUGACGAUAACAUUAAAUUGGCCACUAUGGAUAUGCCUCAAGUCUCCAGAGGGACAGCCUGCAGGUAACUCCAGGGAUGACACGGGAAUUACUACACCUGUAGAACACUCCGCGACAAGGAACACGCAGCGGGGGCAGCUGUGUGUGUGUGUCUGUGUGUGUUGGCAGGACUUUCAGGCUACCUUGGGACACCGACCUUGGCUGCCCCGCGGGUUACCACGGCGACGCAGUCCUUCUAUGUCUAGCGGUCAAACUGUCGACACACACGCCUCCUCUUGGACGGGGCAGGCUGCGAGGACACGUUUACAAGAAAUCCCGACCGCAGUCACACCAUCGGGAAGACCUUCGCUUUUCCUGUGGCCGACUCCUGCUGCCUCUCCCUCUUGGAGCCGCGCCUCCUCCAGGUGACGGACAGCUGUCGCAGAUUGACCUUCAUGAGGAGCCCGUCUCCACUCGCAGGAUGCAGGAUUGAAAACGCCUCAUAUCCUCUUCCUGUUUUAACGUCCUGUAGCGGCCCAGCCUGCGCAAGUAUGACAGUACUACCGACAACAACAUCACUGUGUGUUCUUUUAUUCCAAAAAAACGAAAAAACAAAAAAAAAUGAUAAAAAUAUUUUGGCACUUUUUAUUUUGAAAGCCAUAGUAUAUUUGUUAUGGAAAAAUAUGAAUAUAUAUGUAUACAAUCAAAUAAACCAGAUGACCAGAGGCUAGUUUUUUCAGUGGGGGGAGGAGCUCUCAUACAACAAACCUCUUUGUUUUUAAAAAAAAUUUUUGGCAUCAAACAACCCAUCUUACACCCUCUAAAGAUCUCCUGCCAUGAAGGAAGCCCGCUAACAGUCCAACGCACACUUAGUCGCAUACGCACACACACAAAAAGCAUCGCCCUGUAUGCAGUACAUACAUUAAGCUACCAGUUUUUAUGCAUUUUCAUGGCAAAUGCACACUGUAUAUGCCACAGUAACAGCAUUCAGGGUGGAUGUAAGGCUCGUUUGCAUGGCUGCCGGGGGGGGGGCAAAAACAAGGGUGAUGUUUGACUUCUUUAAUUAUCUGAAUUCAGCAAUUGCUGUAGAAACGCUUAACAUAACGGCAAGGUUGAAAUCUUUACCGAUCAUUGCCUCAGACAAACUUACAGGCAUGUUAAUAUACUUGAUGAACUGGCUUCUACAAAAACUUCUUUAGUGGUUUGAGGUUUUUAGUAAACUCCCUGCAGCUCAGUAACCAUUUUCUCACAAUCGUAUGUUUGUUUUCUUUCUCUUACCAAAUGAAAUCACAAAAUAAAAGCUCCAUCCAACAACAAAACAACUGUCAUGGCAUUGAAGUCAUAGAGGUUUUCUCAUUCAGAAACGAAUCCAGAGUUUUCUCCUCCCACUGCUGCUGUAAUGCCCCUCCCUCCCUGCUCCCUUGAUGGCAAGGCAGGGUAGACUGCAUGCUGUGGUAUGCCCUCAGUAGAAAUCUGUGAAUGUGUAGGAGCAUUAUUGCAAUUUUGUACUUAAUUGGACACCUUUCUUUUGCACAUUUGCUAAAGAGUCAUCCACAUCAAGCUGAAGUCUUAUUCAGAGGUUGUACAAGCCAUAUAUUUAUGUUGUCCAUUUUUAUUUAGGGGGGAUGGUCAUGGAAUAAACCUUUGCCAGCUUCACAUAUAAAUUUAUGUUCAGGCCGAGGAUUGGUGGCCUUUUCUCCCCCCCAUAAUCAUCUCUAUAGCUUCUCAAAGCCAGUUAUCUUCACUUCUGCAGAGGGGAAGCGCACGUAGACUCCAGCUCCAGAUCAUCCUGUGCCUGUGUGUGAACAGUCGUCAAAAUCCUACUGAUGAGAUGCUUGUGUUAAAAUACAGAUUUUAUAUUAAAAUGCAUGAUUUUAGGGUCAAAUCAAAGGUUAGACAUGCAGAUCUCAAGGCAGGAUUUUUAGUCAAAACUGUUACCGUGUGUGUGUGUGUGUGUGUGUGUGUGUGUGUGUGUUUUACUUCCCAGGGAAAAGGUGCCUUUUGGAUCAUUAAUUAUUUAAACUUUUUUGACAAUGUAGCAAUUUGGUGAACGGCAACAUGAUACAUGAUAGGAAAAACUAUAAGAAGAGAAAGUUAAUCUCUCUUUUUUUUUCAUGAAGAAGGGUUAAAUUUCACUCUGUGGAAGUGGAAAUCAGUUUUUUGCUGUGUGUGUGUGUUUGUGUACAUGAGUGUUUGUUUGAACCUGCAUGUGAUGUGCACACAGAGCAAAAGUGCACAUCACCAUAUUCAUGAGUCCUUUGCUCCUAAUUGCCGCUUGUCAAUAGCGCUAAAAAUCAAUUUGGCCCUCAUCCCGCUUUACGGCCGUCGUCAGUUUUAAAUUCGUCUGUCCUGAACACACACACGCACACACACGCGCGCACACACGCACACACACACGCGCACACACACGCACACACACACACACACACACAAUAGAAAAAGGUGUUUCCUUGGAGAUGUUCUGCGGAAGGUGAGAGUCCCCCCCUCUGCUGUUUCUACACAACACCUCCCUCCAUCAUCAUCACCGCCUCCUCUUUCUGUUUUCAUGCCAUCCACCGUUUAUUGCCUUUUUUUUAAAAACUUUUUUUUUAAACAAAUAUAUCAAAUAUAGGGAAACUUUAUUCUAAAGAGGGUGUUGCAUGAAUGUAUGUUUACAUGGGAAAUAUGUUAAAAAAAAAAAAAAAGAUGAUUUAUCAAAAUAACUGCAAAGAUAAUUUAAGAACGUUGUUUGUAGAGAUUCCUAGUUAUAAAGGGCAGCGGGCGGGGUUGCGUCUUUAGAAUCUGCCCUGCCAAAUCUGAUUUAAAUCCCAGCCAACCAAAUGCUCAAAGCCCAUCUUCACAUUGUUUACUCCCUUAAAUCCCUUCCCUCUGCUCCCCAAUAAAUGAAAAAAAAAACACCUAUAAAAGAGGUUUUAUGACCUCUUGUCUUGGAGUCCAAAGUAAAAGUGGCAGGUGCAUUCUCUUAGCUUAUUGGGGGCUAUCUCCGGUUCUUAUCCCUCCUGUUAUUCUUUUUCAUCAAGCCCGAGCCUUUUUUCUUCUUCUCCAAAGUCACAUUAUUACAAUAUGUUUUGAAUUUGUUAAGUUCUGAAUUUCUUGUUUUGUUUUUUUGUUGUGUGGGUGUGAGCACUUACAAUAAGAUUCGUUUAAAAUGCCUGAAGAAUGAAGCAGAUUAUUGGGUUGAAAAUGAUCUCGUACUUCAUUCUGACCUCUUAUUUACUUUUUCUUUUCUUCUGUUGACAUGAUGCUGUAAUGUUGGCAAAAAAAAAAAACAAAAGAAAAAAAGGAAAGAAAAUGUAAAAUCCUGUAUCAUUUAUGAAAUAUGUAUAAAAGAGAAAUGUAAUUCAAUUAUCAAUAAAAUCCUUAUCCAGUUUUUGGAA